CCUUAAUACCGCUGUGGAGACUGGAUUUCGCACGAACAGUCUGAGCUUGCGCGGUGCUUUCGGAAGGCGCGUCCUGGUUUGCUCGUCUCUCUGCGCUCAGGGGCUUUUACUCGUCGACAAGCUUCCGUGCUGGAGUGUGCGCGUCUGGUUGAAGCGAAAAAGGAAAAGAAGAAAAAAGAAGAGUAGUCUCGUUCGCGUUCGAUCGGGUUAGCAUUUUUAAUAGAAGAGAUAUUCGGACCGGAAACGGUUGAUAGAGUCGUUUAGCUUGCGAAAAUGUAAUGAUCGAGUGGAUCGGUUGUCUGGAAAUUAUCUUUGUCGAGUGAAGAUUACAGUCUGUGUUGCGGAUCGUGAGUGAAGCACCUUGCGGAGGAGCUCCCAUGGCGUGAAAAUCGAAAGCACAGUUCAACGAUAUUUCUUCGCGGAAGUUUGAAGUUUGAUAACAAUCAGGAUGCACGCGGUUGGAUUGCAUUCGGCGCUGGCCAUCAAGCGUCAAAGAAAGCGCCGGGACGAGCAGCGUCGUGCCCGUGAGCGUCGUUAUAGCGCACAAUCGGGCGAGAGUGGCUUGACAUCGCCAAGGGCUUCGACCGGUUCCUUGGAUCAUCCCCCGAGACAUCAUAAAUCCGGACAUCCGAAUCGUUUAGUUGGCCAAGGCAUGCUGGAAACGAAGGUGGUCACAUCGAUUGGGAUGCUCCACAUCGGUGUCGUCUUUUUAGUCCUCGGAGCUUUCCUUCUGAUGAGUGGUUUGUUACCGGGAGACCUGGCUCAAUGGGGUACCAAAGCUUCCGGUGGAUGGUGGAACGAGUUAGUGGCUAUAGGGUUGUUCGCCAUCAUCGUCGGUAUAUUCUUGAUAGUCUUGAACAGAGUGAUCGCAAAGAAAGAGGAGAACGAUCUAGAAGAAUACGUGCAAAGGCAGUUGACCAGAUCAAGGUCGGGACACAGGCUAGAGAGGGAUGUCGAAACGGGAGGACUGACCACCAAACAAGCUAGAAGAGCAAGGCAAAUGCAACAAGUGAUGUCAAGUGAAUCUAUCGAGUCACAAAAUGAGAAAGAUUCUGGUUCUCCACCCAGAAGUCCUCCUCCUGCUUAUUCGCCACCUCCGACGAUGAACGGAGAUCAACAGACGGCACAAUCCACACUGUAUCUCGAACAAAUCACCGAGGAGGAGAUUAUCAGCGAUCGCGUCGAAACGUCAACAACCAACAGCCUGAGUCCUGGCUCGCCGAGCGAGACCCGAGAAUUGUUGCAGAACCCUCGGCACUCGAAGCAGAAUGGAAACCCGCAGCAGAUUCAUCGAUCGCUUUAUGUGUCCAGGAUCUAAAUAAUGGGAAAAGUUUGAUACCCCUUCCAAGUUUGAACAAGCACGAGAAGUUCGUAUCGGGAGCAAAUUCGAGGGAGAAAAUUUUUACGAGGACAAGCUUUUUUAUAACUAGAAACGGCGUACCUUUGCAUCUAGGUUAUUUUAUUAAUUAUUUUUAUUGAAAAUGGAUAAACAAAGCGAAAGUGGAAUUU